AUGCAAAACAAGCACAAUUUGAAACAGAGAUUUGAAGAACUUCGAGGAAUCCAAGCUGCACAACACCAUCAGACCUCGUUCAUCAAGUUUUACCCCACUCCUGUUAUGGGCUUCGACUUGGGCGACAUCGGCACCGAAGACAUAGCAGACGCAAGUUGGUCCACUCUAGAGGGACUGGAUCAAACUUUUAAGGCUGGUUUAGAAGCAAAGUUCAUUUUGUUCCCCAAUACACCUGAUGGAGAAAUAAGUAACCAGCCUAAUCUCAUACUGCAAAUUGAAGUUCUCAUACAACCAGACAAAGAUGUCAUACAAGUCUCUGUUUGCAACACAGAAAGCGGUAGAUUCGAAGUGAAAUUUAUACCCAAAGUACCCGGUACUUACAGCAUUGAAGUGAAGAUUAAUGGAGAUACACUCGCCAACUCUCCGUUCACUGUGGCGGUGAAGGAGCGUGAACUUAUUGUGGUCGGUGAGUUGGAUCUGAAUUUAUUAAAAGGAGAAGGGGUCAACGAUCUAUUUGGAAUCGCGGUAAAUACGAUAGGGAAUAUUGCCGUAACUGAUUGUGGUACAAACUCCGUUUACAUAUUCGAUAAAAAUGGUAAAUGUCUGAGAAAAAUUGGAGUUAAAGGACAAUUUAGAAACCCAUUUGGCGUGACAUAUUUGAACGAUGACGAGAUUUUGAUUACAGGCACAGGUAACGGCAGAAUAAAACAAAUUAAUAUCCAAACGGGAACUGUUGUGAACACUUUAGGAAGAGCAGUAGGAAAAGGAGAGUUUCAUUUCCCUUCUGAUGUUUGUUUGGAUGAAGAACGUCGCAUUGUUGUAACCGAAUUUUGGAAAAGUAGGAUACAGGUGAUGUCACCUGAGGGAGAAACCAUUUCCAUCUUUGGAAACAUCGGCCCAGAAAAGUUAAACAACUCAAAGAGCUGCUUCUCUUACAAAGACAAGUUUUUCAUAUCCGAUAGCGGAAAUCAUUGCAUUAAGGCUUUCGACAAGUCAGGAACAUUCUUAUACAGAUUUGGCAAACGGGGCAAUCAAGAUGGACAAUUUGACAGCCCGUAUGGUUUGCUUAUAAACAGAUCCCAUUGCCUUUUGGUGUGUGAUCAGCUCAAUCAUCGAGUUCAGCAGUUUUCUCUGGACGGUCGCUUCACUGGAAAAAGUAUCACUCAUUUACCUAGUCCUCGUGGAAUAACAGCAACAUCAGAUGGACGUAUUCUCGUGACUACCCCUAAAAAGAUUUUCAUAUUAAAGUAG